GGCUGUCAGCAUCCCUUUGAGCUGACUAUGGAGGGGUUGUGUCAGCAGCCGCAGGAGGCCAAAUCCGAGGUCACUAACCAGGGAUCUGUGAUUUCUUCUGUGGAGUGGACCACUUUAGGAUGUUUUCAAGUCACAGUUGAAUGAGCACUUACAGAUGGAAUUCCUCUUCAGGACUUCUAGAUCUUCAGUGGAAAAUGGGUAUGGCGGUGAGCUCAGACAGUUGCAGGUCUCUUAAGUCUCCUUUUGUUGCAGUGACGCUAAAACUGGCAGAUCAGUCAGGCCAGAUUACGAACAAGUCAUUUGAAAUGACAAUUCCACAAUUUCAGUAUUUCUUCAAGCAAUUCAAAGAAAUGGCUGCUGUUAUUGAAACUGUGUAAGAACUGCUUACUUUGUUGCAAAGUCUGUAUAACUUUUGUAAGAUAGCAUGUGUCUCUUGAUGUAAAUACAAUUGCAUAGUGAUUAAAUGCUGUUUGUUAAAUGAAGAUAUAAUUUCUUUGUCAUUUUCAUAGGGUGAGAUAGUACUGUUAUUUUAGUCUUUAUUCAUGUGUCAGACUGCUCUAGAAUCUCAUAUCAUCUAAAUAAAUAUGGUGUUGAGAAUUACAAAUAACUUGACAAAACAAAGAAAGCUUAAAUAAGGAAGUUCAAAAGAACAUGCAGUAAUUUGUAGGAUUAGUGGAACAGUUGGUGGCAUAAGAGGGGAUAGAUAAAAUUAACUUAUUAAAGAAGUUCAGGUUCAAAAAGUAGUGUGAUCAGAAUAUAAAUCUAUGAAGCUAUCAAUAUAUUAGAAACUGGACAGAACUAUUCUUGUGUGGUGGCACAAGCAGAGAGAAGAUGGACUCCUCUAUCUAGACCAAUCUAUGCAAAACAUUCUGAGUUCUUCUUUGCGUUAGAGACAGAAAAAGAUUUUGAUGCAUCAUCUUACUAGCUAAUGUGAUCUGAGCAAAGAUAUGGCAUUGGGAGGCUACACAGAAAUAACUGCCAGUUUUAUAGCAAAUUUCAGAAAGUAUCUGUGCAAGAUUUCAGAGUUAAGAAAUGGUAUUCUUUUGGAAGUGUUACCCAGCAAGGAUAUUUGUGUUAAAAAUGCUUAUAAAUGUGUCCCUGUGCCUGAAUGAGAGGAUUAUAGAUUUUAGAAAUGGAAGAGACUUUUUAGGUCAGCUAGUUCAACCCCCAUUUGAGGCCCAGAGAGUUCGUAAUUUGCACAGAGUCACAUUGAUAGGAAGUGAGAGAGACAAAAUUUGAACCUAGGUCCUCUGACUCUAAAUCCAGGACCCUUUUCACUAGACUACACUACUGUGGUCCAUAUACCAUGAAGAUAUGUGAACUGAGAGUUAGGAGACUUGGACUCUGAUCUCCAUUCUCCCACUAAGUUACUUCCUAGGGUAAGUCAUUUAAUCUCUGUUAUCUUUGCUUAUUUGUAAAAUGAGAGGGUUGGGCCAAAUCUCUAAGCUCCCUUCUACCUCUAAAAUUUUAUAGUCAUAGGAAAACCUGAAUUACUCUUAUGUCAAGUGAACAGUUUUUCUAAACUUAAACUUUAUGUGAUAGAACAAAGAACCCACAUUUAUUUCUAGGAAUCAAAACUUCAAAUUUAUUGGUGUUUUCUAAAAGGAGCUUGGUUGUAUCAUUCUGUUUUCAAAUGAUAGCAUGGAAAACAUUUUGUGCUACAGAUUUGAAAACAUUUGAAAUUUAGAGACCUAACCAAAAAAAGCCGUGUGUCUUUUAAUGAAAAUAUUCUUGCAUUAAGUUGGUGGUAAAAUACUUGGUCCUUCCACCUGAAAAGUGACCCCUGGUAGAAUCCAGUCAGAUGCUAUUUUGCCAGUUCUACCUCCACAUUUCUCAUGUCCAUGGAAUUGGUGACAUUUGAGUUCAGUCUUGAAGGAGGACAAUUUAAAUUAUUGCAGUUGGGGGUGAGGUGGGGAGAGGAAAUCCAUUUUGGCUACCUGAGAAUGGUGUAUACAGCUAUGCUGAGAUAGAAAUCAAGAUGAGUUUGGGAAUUGUGAAUAAUUCCAGUUUAACUAGAACUUAGACUAUAUGUAGGUAAAUAGGACAAAAUACUACUACAAACCAAUUGAAUUGUAGGAGACCCUGAAUGCCAAGCUAAGCUGUUUAUAUUUUAUUUGGGAGUCAUUGAGAAGCUAGUUAGAUUUUUGAACAAGGGAAUGAUGUAAUCAGAGUUGUGCAUUAGAAUCAUUUGAAUCAUCAGACCUCUGAAUCAAGAACUAUUUCUCUGGCAGGAAUAUAGUGGGUUGGAAAUGGGAGAGACUAGAAACAGGGAGAGCAUUUAGGAGACUAUUAUAGUAGUCCAAGCAAAGGAUAACAAGGGCCUGGCCUAGAGUGUUUCAGUAGGAGUGGUAGGGAGCAGCUAGAUGCAAGAAUGAAUUGUAAUAACCACAAGAAUGCAGCUUCAAAACCAACUUUGACAUUAGUCUACAUGCUACUACACUACCGAAAUUUACCAACUUGGAUUCAUUAAGAAAUUUGGAAAUUAAAAGAUUUGACCAAGAAAACUAUUGCUAUAAAUUGUAUCUCAUCUAAGGCAAAUGCUGUCAUUGAAUAAGUUUUUGUGUGUUUCAUCUGUCACUCUUAAAAACGUAUGUAGUCAUAAUUCACUUAAUGACUUUAGACAAAAUUAUAGGGGCAGUUAAUUCUAUAAAACCAAUGUUUAAAAAAUAAUUUUAAUUUUCCAAACUUGACAAACACCAAAAAACCAAACAUUGUCAUAUACAAAGAACAAAAAAAGAUUGUAUACAGAAUCAUGAAUUUCCAGUAUGUACGGUUUUUUCAUUAUGUUUAUAAUAAUAUAAUGAAAUAUAAUAAAUUCAACAUGCCAGUUU